AUGACGUUAGUGCCCGACGAUCGCGAAUCGGGAAAAAACAGAGUUCCACCCGGUGAUUCUUAUGUAAGCGAUUACAGACGAUUUAAUUGAUCAAAUUAAGAUCUGUAAAAGCCAGAAGAAUCGUAAUUGAACGAAGUAUAUUUUGGUAAAUUAAAAUCACACAAAGUAUCACUAAAUGAAGCGUAAAUUAAGUUGAAAGCAAGAAAACAGAGUUCCGACAUCGUGGCGGCGAUGCGUCGGCGAUGCAUCGGAAUCGUGAGCGUUUGGGAGGAUUGUCUUGUAGUGUCCACAGCCUCGAAGGCUCUCCUUGGACAAAGAUGACGUGGGCAAUCUCUAGAUCUCCUUGAGAAGUCUAGAGAUUAAUGAAAUGGGUCGUUGACUCGUCUUCGGCGGCUGUCACCUGGCGGAGCGGAAAAACGGCAACUUUGCGGCUCUUCGGCGAUUGUCACCCGACGGAGAGGAGCUGGAUGGAGGUGGGGCGCAUGUCAAGGAGCUUCAUCCUCGGGUCUGCGCAGCAAGAGGAGGCUCUUCAUUGCAUCUGGUACGCUCUCAAGAGGUGGCGACUCGUCUCCCAACAAAUCGUCCUCUUCCUGACGACGGCUUGUUUGUCGAUCAAUCGGAGAUGCUUUACUCGAUGGAUUCCCGAUCCUUUUAUCGUGAAUCGUUCAGCAUGUUUAGUAACAAUGCUCCGCGAAUCGUGUUGACGAGAUUUUCACCGAUGAUCCAACGAUUCUAGUUGCUUAAUCCUUCACUGGCGCUCUGCAAGAAAGUCGCGAUAAUCAAAUAAAAAAUAUGAGUUUUGCCUCUGGGAGGAUUCGAACCCGCACCGGUUGCCUGCCCUUUCUGGGGAAGGUGACGCGGGUUUAGUCCCACAUCGGUUGUGCGCCAAAGUUUCUGGUGAAUAUAAAGUAAUAUUACAUUCCCGAUCAAGCGUGCGUGUACGACCACUCCUUGCCCCACAGCCGACUGGCCACCGGUGACGUGGAAGGGGAGUGGCGUACACGUUCCCCCAUCGGUUCAAGCCGCUUGAGCCCCUGCUUGCGGCUAUUUCCUAACUGCGCUUCCGACCCGCUCGCGGGUCUGGCUGGCCGGCGGGUCCCCCCAUUUUGCAAUAUUUUUUGUUUUAAUUCUUUUUCUUCAUUUAUCUCAAACGUAAGACUGUAAAAAGCAUAUAAAUUUGUAUAAAAUCACAUAAUUACCUAACAAAUCACAUUAAUCAACUAAAAACCACUUUUCACACUUUAACACAAAUAUAAGUCUAUUUAUCAUGAGUUAAGGCUAAAACUAUAUUAUUUACUAAUUAUUAACUCAUGAUAAUGAAGACUAAUCACGAAUUGUUCAGCAAUUUUAGUAACAAUGCUCUGCGAAUCGCAUUGACGAGAUUUUCACCGAUGAUCCAGCAAUUCUGGUUGCUUAAUCCUUCACCAACGAUCUACAGGAAAGUCGCGAUAAUCAGAUAAAAAAGAUGAGUUUUGGCUCUGGGAGGAUUCGAACCCACGGUGGUUGCCCCGCCCCUUUUGAAAAGGUGACACAGGUUUAGUCCUACAUCGGUUGUGCGUCAAAUUUUCGGACGAAUAUAUAGUAAUGUUAGAUUUCUAAGCAAGUCCCUUUCUCACACGUGUAUGACCACUCCUUGCCCCACAGCCGGCUGGCCACCGAUGAUGUGGAAGGGGAGUGGCGCACACGUGCCCCCAUCGGUUCAAGCCGCUCGAGCCCCUGCUCGCGGCUACUCCCCGACUACACUUCCGACCCGCUUGCCCCGACUGGCUGGCAGGUCCCCCGAUUUUGCUAUAUUUUUAUUUUAA